AUGGAAGAUACAGAGAAACCCGAUCCAAUAUUGGCACAGGUGCCAUUAAUUAAGAAUCCGUCAUAUCAACCACCAAAACCCAUAACAUUGAAUACAAACUAUAAUAAAUUACUACCAACACUUACUAGUUCUGUAAUACCCCCAAAGUUGAACUUAACAGAGUUCGAUAUACAGAGCUGGACUAAGGAGAUUGAAGAAAUGAAAACAAAAAGCUCGGAACUAACUACAAGUGAAGACAUAAAAGGCUUCAAAGACUGGAUAAAGCUGCAGCAAUUAAGGAUUGCACCUGGCUUUUCGUUCGAGGGCAUCAUGACUCCGAACAAAGCAGAAAUUCAAGAGAAAAGUACUACUCAAGAAGCAGAAAUUAAUGAACUUGAUAAAGUUUUCGGCAAAACUACAAUAUAA